UUUUUGUGGGGAACUAUCACCAUAUCCACAACAGGAGACGGUGGACACCCUCUACCUUUGUGUCUUCACGGCAGAACAGAGCAGAAAAAUCUGUUCUUGGUCCUGAAGAUUUUAUGGAUGAAGAGGAUCUUAGUGAAUUUGGGAUAGCACCUAAAGCGAUUGUUACAACAGACGAUUUUGCUUCAAAAACCAAAGACAGAAUACGAGAAAAGGCCAGACAGUUGGCAGCUGCUACUGCCCCUAUUCCUGGAGCCACUCUGCUUGAUGACCUCAUUACACCAGCAAAAUUAUCGGUUGGUUUUGAAUUGCUAAGAAAAAUGGGUUGGAAGGAAGGACAAGGAGUUGGUCCUCGAGUUAAGAGAAGGCCACGGCGACAGAAACCUGAUCCUGGAGUAAAAAUCUAUGGCUGUGCAUUACCUCCUGGAGGCUCUGAAGGAUCUGAGGAAGAAGAUGAUGACUACUUACCUGAUAAUGUGACCUUUGCACCCAAAGAUGUCACACCGGUGGAUUUUACGCCUAAAGAUAACGUACAUGGACUGGCUUACAAGGGCCUGGAUCCCCACCAAGCCCUGUUUGGGACUCCGGGAGAACACUUUAAUCUUUUCGGUGGGGAUUCUGAGAGGGCCAGCAAUCUUCUUGGAGAAGUUGGACUAAAUAGAGGAAGAAAAUUGGGAAUUUCAGGCCAGGCUUUUGGUGUGGGUGCCCUUGAAGAGGAAGAUGAUGAUAUCUAUGCUACAGAAACUCUAUCCAAGUAUGACACUGUUUUGAAGGAGGAGGAGCCCGGAGAUGGACUCUAUGGUUGGACAGCGCCCAAGCAAUAUAAAAGUCAGAAAGGUAAUUCCAUAGAACCAUACCUGAUG